AUGUCCGAGAUGGCAUCUAACGUUCCCAUUGGGAAUGGGACCCUACCUGGGGGACAGGUCGGCCAGUCAUGGGCUUCAAGCGCGCUUCAAAGCAACUUGAUUCUCACAUUUGGAGCAGCUUCUUUGGUUACUCUGUUCAUGUGGUUCUUCAUCUCAUACCAGACGUCUCCUCUAAAGAAAUACCCCGGUCCCGCUCUGGCAGGAUGGACCAACUUGUGGCGUCUUGGCCAGGUACUCUCUGGGGAGUAUGCCCCUCGCAUGAAGAAGCUCCACGAGAAGUAUGGGCCGAUUGUCCGGAUCGGACCUAACCUUCUGGACCUCGACUUCCCUGAGCUCACUCGUACCAUCUAUGCCACUGACCCGAAGUGGAAGAAAAGCAACUUCUACCAGAACAGCAGCAGCAUCAUCGACGGCAAGAUCACGUACCACAUGUUCAGCGAAGUCGACAACGCUCUGCACGCCCGCAUGAAACGCCCCGUAGUCCGCCAUUACUCCGUUCCCAGCGUUCUCGCCAUGGAGCCACUCAUGGACAAAGUCAUCAACGAUUUACUUGGCCAUCUCCAGACACGCUAUGUCGAUACCAAAAAGGAGUGCGAGUUCGGCGAAUGGCUCGGCUACUACGCCUGGGACUUUCUCGGCAUCGUGACCUUCAGCACCAAGUUCGGUUUCAUGGAGAAGGGCUGUGACUUUGAUGGCACGCUGGCCAUCGCCGAUAAGUCCAUUGACUACCUCGGUAUCUGCGGCCAGAUGCCGUGGAUGGAUUACUGGUUGGACAAAAAACCCUUAAUCGCCGGCGCCGACACAACCGCCAUCACCAUGCGCGCUCUCUUCUACUACUCCCUCAAAGACCCUCGCGUCUGGUCCAAGCUGCAAUCCGCCGUCCGUUCCGCCGACAUCAAACCGGGCCAGCCCGCCCCGCACGCCGUCGCCCGCGCCAUCCCCUACCUCGAAGCCGUCAUCCGCGAGACCAUCCGCUACCACCCGGCCGUCUCCAUGAUCAUGGAGCGCAUCGUGCCCGCCGAAUCCCUGGGCCUGGCCUUACCCGACGGCUCUGUCGUCCCCGGCGGCUCCAUGAUCGGCAUGAACCCUUACAUCGUCGGUCGCAACAAGGGCGUCUUUGGCGAGGACGCGGAUGUUUUCAACCCGGAUAGGUGGCUCCAGAGGCAAGAAGAAAGCGAUGAGCAGUACAAGGAGCGCAGGAGCCUGUACGAGACGGCGUCGAUUGCGUUUGGUGGCGGAUCGAGGAUCUGCUUGGGCAGGAACCUGAGCCAGAUGGAACUGUACAAGGUCGUGCCGACGCUGAUUGCGACGUUUGAUAUCGAGCUGGUGGAUCAGGAGGAAAAAUGGUGGACUUGCUCGAGGUGGUUUUAUCGGUGUAAGGGCGUGGUUUGUCGGUUGAAGCCCCGGGCUGGGUGA